AAUGCAUGAGAAGAUUGGAGCUGCAGCAGAGGAGAAGGCAACAUGAUAAUAUAGCCAUCGCACACCACAUCAUACACAUAGCUGGUCUACAUUACCAGAAACAUCAUCUCCAUCAUCAUUGCUACUUUUAUUAUUUUAUUCUCACCAUUCAACAGAGAAGUCUAAAACUCCAGUUUUGUAAUUCAGCACAUUGUUCCCAUGAUGUCAUACCUGUGGAUUCUCCUGCUGGGCAGUUUGGUGAUUGGAGCCAAGACACAAGAAGACCCUGCUGCUGAGCCAGAAACAAAGGAACCAGAAGCAGAAGCAGCAGAGCCCGAGGCCCCAGCAGAGGAAGUAGCUGCCGAGGAGGCCCCAGCUGCUGAGGAGGCUCCGGCAGAAGAAGAGGAGGAGGCUGCAGAAGAGGAGGAGGCUGCAGAGGAGGAGGCUGCAAGUUCUGAGGAGGCUCCGGCUACAGACCAAGAGGCUGCAGCUGCAGAAGGGGAGGCUCCGGCUACAGACCAAGAGGCUGCAGCUGCAGAAGGGGAGGCUCCGGCUACAGACCAAGAGGCUACAGCUGCAGAAGGGGAGGCUCCGGCUACAGACCAAGAGGCUGCAGCUGCAGAAGGGGAGGCUCCGGCUACAGACCAAGAGGCUGCAGCUGCAGAAGGGGAGGCUCCGGCUACAGACCAAGAGGCUGCAGCUGCAGAAGGGGAGGCUCCGGCUACAGACCAAGAGGCUGCAGCUGCAGAAGGAGAGGCUCCGACAGAGGACACAGAAGUAGUAGAAGAACCAACAGUGGAAGUAGAGGUGGCCCCUGAAGCUGAGGCAGAACCAGAAGCGGAGGCGGCAGAACCAGAAGCAGAGGAACCUGCUGUAGAAGAGGAAGCUGCAGAAGCCGAGCCUGAAGCACAAGCGGAGAGCGAGCCCACAAAGGAGGAGACACCCACGGGAGGGAAGAGCCGCAGAGGGGGCUCACUUGCCCAUACCGCAGAAGCAGACGGCGCAGCGGAAGCGCAAGCGGCUAGCUCUGGCUCGGUUGUGGGCAUUCUGUGUGCUAUCGGCGUGGCGAUCGUUGGAGCUGCCACCGGAUACUUCGCCUAUCAGAAGAAGAAGCUCUGUUUCAAGAACAGUGGAGGGGACGUAGAGAGUGCCCCUAAGGAGGAGGCUGUGACCCAGUCGGAUCCCCAGGUUCUCAGCAACUUGCUGACUAAUUCAUCCUAGAUCAUCUGAGAUUCUACUGGAAAAUAAACAGGACCAGCGGCAGAGUCCCAUAACACACGCACACACACACACGCACGCGCACACACUCAAACACAGAUUAAUCUCAAUCUUUAGGCCUUAAACUGAUAUAGCUGUAAAACUGUGAGAUAGUUGUGUGGGGUUAUGAACCUUCAGCACCACAUUAGAGUGUGAGACCAAUCAGUAGAACCUCAUUCUAUGUUGUCUAUGAGAAGGCAGCACAAUUUUUAUGGAUCUAACAUAAACAAUGUGUAUAGGCACAGCUCAUGAUUAUUAGUUCCUAGAUUAUUUUGGAUAAAAUGGCUACUCUAUUUGAAAUGUUACCUUUGUUUGUUGUUGGGUUCUUUGCAAUGAUUUAGCCUGGUCCCAUGUUGAAUAUGCUGUAGCCCAAUCUUUUAGCCUGGUCCCAUAAUGAAGGUAGCAAACUCUUCUAUUAUUGUCAAGCCAUACACAUUUUGUGUGACAAUUAAGGAACUCAGAGAGGAGUUGGCUAAAGCAGCAACAGACUGGACCACCUGACUAGUAGUGUUGUUCACUGUGAAAUCUGGUUAGAGGAAGCUGUGUGAGAGCUGGUAAGAGGACAGAAGAUGUCGCCCUGUUGUGUGUUUGCUUGGUAUUCGGGGGGCUUGGAGACCUUUACCGGCGGGUUGUCUAAAAUGCAACAAAGUAUGUGAACAUUUAUCAAAUCAAAUCAGAGUUUAUUAGUCCCAUGCACAGGGUCGCAGAUGUAAUCGCAGGGUACAGUGAAAUUCUUAUGCUCCGAGUGACAACAAUGCAGGUCAAAGAGCUCUGUUCAAAUAGUCUGUAUUACAAUAUAAUGCUGUUCUGCUCUGUAAGAGCCUUACAUUAGAUGGUUCACCUUGCAAGCCUUAUCACGAUUCUAUCUCACUACUAGUGCCAGUCUGAAAUGGUACCCUAUUCCCUCUAUAGUGGAAUACUUUUGGAGCCCUGCUAUAAAAGUAAUAGGGUGCCAUUUUGGACAUAGCUUUAGACUUAGGCAGGACUGUCACAUUCUUCACACACAUCCCCAUGGAGACUGUCAGGGGUCUAUAACGUUUGUCCUGGAGAGCUACUGGGUGUACUGUGCUGUUAACGUAGGUCUGAACAAAAGCCUGCACACCCAGCAGCUCUCUAAGAUCAGAAUUGGAGAACCCAGUGCCUGCUUCACACUAUAGGGCCGACCCGAACAGUACUGUGCUGACUAGCAUAUUUCCUUUUCAUAUUGUCCUUUCCAACAAGGCUCCAGCAACUAUGGUGGAUGCGUAACCAGGCCAGCCCAGUACAGCUUGAUUUGGCUCAGUAGUUUGAAAAGGGUAUACGACUGUAUGCAGUAUAGCUCUGGGCAGGAGUCAGCCUGGGUGAUGCUCACUGCUGAACGCACUGUAAGAAUGUUCCACUUCACAGUCGAAGACUAAAACUGGAGAAGCACUUUCUGAUUAGCCUGGUCCCAUGAUUUGUGUGUACUUUAGCCAACUAACUCUUCUGAAUAUCAUUGUCUCAACAAGACCUCUUUUGGUGAAGUACUUUCCCAAUCUGUUCAUGUUUUGAGUAAUGAUGAUACACGUUGGUAUACAGAGUACUACGCUCUUCUAUUUAAUGAAUCUGUCUUUAUCUUGUGUUUAAGAAUUGUGUGAUUUUAAUCUUUCAGCACUUAUUUGUUUUUCUUUUUUAAUUAUGUGAAUAAUGUUGGAGACCGGAAUAAAGGAGCUGUUAAGGGGGAACUAUG